UGGGCCGUCCCUUGAGCGGCCAUCUUGGAAGCUGAGCGACCGUAGCAGCGGAGAGGCUGCGGCGGGUGCGGUGGGCUUAGUCCCAGCGCGGGUGCGGCUCACGGCGCGGGCCCCACUCUUCCGCACCCUGCUCCGGCCUUGGCCACAGCGAACUGAACGCGGUAGCGGCCUCAGGGAGAGGUGAGCGCUCGCGGGCUGCGCGGGGCCUUGGGCCGCUCGUUCGCCCCGCCGGAGCCGGCUGCAGCGGCGGGCGGGGACUCGGGGACUCCACACGUCGGGUCCCGUUCGUUACGUCGCCGGCUGUGUCCGGACCCGGAGCGUCCCUUCGCGGACCCGAGUCAGGCCACAGUCUUAUUUCCCACGGUCACCUAACCUGUGUGUCCAGAAGAAAAAAGAACUACCACCUUGGCACCGUGAUGAGGGACUGAAAAAAGCCUGCUGCCCUGCUAGUGACUGGCUGCUUCCUGUCACCUUCCAUCUCCUAGGAGAGCCAUGAAAGAUAUUGCUGUUCUGACUGAGGUGCUGGGCAAGUUGAGCUCUCUGGCCCACAUGGCUUCUGAAGCUAAGAACUUGGGGACAAUGCUUUCUGGAAGCAUUUCUUGGCCAUGCUGGACUGUAACCUUGUUCCUGGUGUGAGCAUUCUUGGAUGCAUCAGGCAAAAGCCCUUGAUUCUGCCAGAAAGAUGAGCAGUAACAGCAAUAAGAGAGCUCCAACAACUGCGACACAAAGGUUGAAACAGGACUACCUUCGAAUUAAGAAAGACCCAGUGCCUUACAUCUGUGCGGAGCCCCUCCCUUCAAAUAUUCUUGAAUGGCAUUAUGUUGUCCGAGGCCCUGAGAUGACUCCUUAUGAAGGUGGCUAUUAUCAUGGAAAACUAAUUUUUCCCAGAGAAUUUCCAUUUAAGCCUCCUAGUAUUUACAUGAUAACCCCCAAUGGAAGAUUUAAGUGCAACACAAGGCUGUGUCUCUCCAUCACAGAUUUCCAUCCAGAUACAUGGAAUCCAGCGUGGUCCGUCUCCACCAUUCUAACAGGGCUCCUGAGCUUUAUGGUGGAGAAAGGCCCCACCCUGGGGAGCAUAGAGACAUCGGACUUCACGAAAAAACAGCUGGCAGCACAGAGUCUAGUGUUUAAUUUAAAAGAUAAAGUCUUCUGUGAAUUAUUUCCUGAAGUUGUGGAGGAAAUUAAACAGAAACAGAAAGCACAAGAUGAACUAAGUAACAGGCCCCAGAAUCUUCCUUUGCCAGACGUGGUUCCUGAUGGGGAGAUGCACCGUGGCCAGAAUGGGAUCCAGCUCCUCAAUGGGCAUGCACCUGCUGCUGGCCCAAACCUUGCUGGGCUCCCACAGGCCAACAGGCAUCAUGGACUCCUGGGCGGCGCUUUGGCGAACUUGUUUGUUAUAGUUGGGUUUGCGGCCUUUGCCUACACGGUCAAAUACGUGCUGAGAAGCAUAGCACAGGAGUGAGGUUCACAAGCCACAACCUGCAGUUGCUGCUGAGGGACACAGGGGCCAGAGCUUGAUGCAGGCGAGACGGACAUGCUGCUGAGCACAGGGUGGCCUGCCGGACUCCUGGGCUUCACUUUUUAAAAACCUUAAACAGAAAGCAAAAACCAAAAUGUGAUCUGGAGGAGAUUGGAGGUUGACAUGGACAGUGCCACUCACGCUUUGGUUUUACUGCUUAUCUCCUGUGUUGUCUUUUGAACCUGUUUAGUAAACCUGUUUUGUUUGUUUUGUUUUGUUUUGUUUUUCAUUUUAUUAGAUUUGGUCACUUAAAAAUAUAAAACGUUAAUGCCUAUCAAA